AUGAAAUUCAAAUAUUGUGAGACACCAUCAGAAAUUUUCAUCGGGGAUCAGUCUGACCAUCAUCACCCUCACCCACCAGAGUCCUCCUCCCACCAAACGACAUCACCUCCAAAGAGACCAGCCAAUCACCAUAAAAUCACAAAAUCUCUGAAACAUCAUUUCAUUUUUGAUAUCAUGUCUGGGACGGCCUUGCCAAUGAAUGUUACUACUCGAUUCCGUGCACGUUCCAUCCCUUCUGCAGGUACAGGAGUAGUCGGCUCGAUACGCCAUUCAGCAGCAGUCAGCCCAGAAGGAAGUGCUGCGGCCCCUUACGGAGGCAGGAGUCCGAAUCAAGUCGCAUCAACCCCAAGAAUCCAUCCUGACCUGGAUGGUGCGGCACGACUCGCUGAGCUAGCCCCUAUGAUUCACAGCGAAGAUGAGGGUCGCAACGACGGGAAUGAUGAAGAUUCAGCUGAACCCAAAACUGAACCUAACCCCACCAACCUUGGUACUGAGCAUGCUCCAGAGGGCAUGACAACUGACCAACUUGCGGAUGAUUUAGGCCUCUCCGUGAUUCAGAUCAAGCGGGUCAGAAGGGUAGCAAGUCUCCCAGAGUCCGAUCUGGUGAUGGCUACCCUGAUGUACCUCGAAUCGAUCCAAGACCGACUAGAACCAUCUGUAACCCAGAAUGCAACUGGAAAUGUCUCAGCCGCCCCUCCUGCUGAUUGUGUUAAUGCAAUCAGGGGCUUUGUUUACCACCGAGAUGCUCUGAUUCGCACUAAAACCCGCCAAAAGCUUCUCAUGCCAGCUCUCCAUUCAUAUGGUCGAACCCAUACUGUCACGACCCGCGCGCUCAUCCCCAAUACCCCACUGGUAUUAGUAAAGGCUGAAAUAGACGCAAUGGACAACAAAUGGAAAGAGACCCACUUGCCACCGGGAUAUCUUGCUGAAGACGACAAUGCCACAAUAAGUGUCGCACUCCUACUCCGCGAAUUGCUAUGUCAUUGCUAG